UGUGCCAGUAAUGAAUGCUCUUUGAAAGAUUCGGAAGUAAAUAGAUUUCUCCUGAAAAGAAGCCAUGAAUCAUAGUUUGGAGUCUCCAGAGAGUUCUGAAGAGUUCCUUACUCCUUGGGCUCAAGGGAUAUUUCUCUCCAUUGACACAGACCCUUAUUCAUUAGAAAACUCUUCCCUGGCAACAGAGAUUCCGCAACUUCAAUUUCGGCCAUAUUACGGAAACCAACUAGAAAUCUACAGAAAAUGUUAUUCUCCCAUUACACGGCUACAUAAGUUUAACUGUCUGCUCGUUUGGCAUAACGGUGAAUGUAAUGAACAUAAUUGUCCUUACAAAGAAGAACAUGAUCCCGCCAACCAAAGCUACUCUCACUGGACUGGCGGUAGCUGAUAUGAUGGUGAUGUUCUCCUACGUCCCUUUCAGCUUCCACAAUUAUUUGAGAACGAGUUUAUAAGAAGAGGAUAAAUUUUCUUUUGCUUGGGCUGUAUUCACUCUCUUUCACGCACAUUUUACUGUGAUAAAUCACACUAUAUCUAUAUGGUUGACAGUUACUUUACAUGGAGAUUCAUGGCAGUAUGUUAUCCAGCGCGCACUAUGAGAUAGAGAGGUUUUGUGAGGGCACGUAUGGCAAUAGCAUCUACCUAUACUGCAUGUACAGUCCUCUGCAUUCCCGUAUACUUGACCUUUACUGUGGCAUCUUAUUCGGACAACAAUGACAAUACUCUUUAUACAGUAGAUUUCAGUGAGAUAGCAAGGCGACAUAAUGGACUUCUAGCUAAAAUCAAUUUUUGGAUGUUUAGUGUGAUUACAAAGCUAGUGCCAUGCGUCGCUCUUACAGGAUUGAGUCUUGGACUCAUCAGAGUUCUUUAUGAAGCAAACGACAGUAGGCAGAGGCUGAAGGUAAGGUCUGAAUGUGACAAAAGUCAUGACAAUACCACAGAAGUGCUGUUAGCUGUGCUUUUUCUAUUCCUUGUCACAGAAUUCCCAUCUGGGAUGCUCGCCCUUUUAAGUGGUGCUUUGGGUGAUGAAUUUGUCAAUAAUGUAUACUUGAAUUUUGGAGACACAAUGGACAUUUUAGCUCUAGUGAAUAGUUCAGUCAACUUUAUUAUUUAUUGUUCAAUGAGUCGUCAAUUUAAAGACACUUGUUCCUAACACGGUGGAAUAAAGGUAACUGGGCUGCUAAAAUACCGCCUGCCGAGCGAACGCAAACUUUGGGAACAUCUGCGUAUGAGUUCUGAAUGAACAUUGAAAGAAUGAACAUUGAAAUAAAAAUUAAUAUAAAUGCUAUUCUCCCGCAAUGUACAUAUUCCUUCUGUUUAUAUGCUUGAUAGCAAUAGUCAAAAAAGCAUAUCUUUUCUCUGUAGGUAAUUAUGAAUGUAAAAGAAUUUCGCUUUGUUAAUCUGAAAAUUAAAAUAUAAUUGAUCCAUCACAUCUAAGUUUAAAAGGGUUACUUUUCCACUAAUAGUCCAAAAGUAUUUUCGUACACCGACCAAGGAAACUUAAAAUUAAAAAUGAAAUAUUUUACGAUAUUACACUAACCGAUAAAUUAUACUAAAAGCAAACUUGGAAAAUACCUCAGUGCCUUUAAUUAUACCGGCACAUCUAGAAUUUAUACUUUGUUUAAUACUUUAGAAAACUGUUUAGCUUUGUUUUGUCUUUGAAGUAUUGUUUUACGUCAUGUGCUAAAAAGGCAUUUAAGGAUUAAUGAAAAAUAAGCAACCAGAGUUUUACUUCUUAAGCAUGAUAAACAAAAGUGAAAAAAGGAAAUAAAUUUCUUAUAACUCUAAUUGUUUUCUGUGAUUUUAUGUAAAUAUUUUGCGAUUUUGAAGAAUCGUGAUUUAAACCAACUCAGAUUGUUAAUAUCUGCAAUAAAAUCAAACGCCUCCUAUUCGAAUUUUCUGUAAUAGAAAAAUAAUUGAUUAAAGAUGCUAUUGAAUGUUUCACUACAGGAAGUAAUUUUUGUAUUUAUAAAAGGAAAGAUAACAUAGCAUGGGAAGUUAUUUUCAUUUCUUUUGUAUAUGAAAGUUUAUUCUGAGAAUCAUAUAUUAAAA